GCUACUUUUCUUAAAAAUCCUUAAAAGAUUAGAUGUUCCAGUAAGCUAAGCUAACACAACACGGAUGUUAAACUGUAAAUGACUACAGGAGGACCAGACAAGGAUAGGUGGCCUGGCGGAGGAGGUGGAUGAGAAGGUUUUACACGCAGCUUUUAUUCCGUUUGGAGACAUCACAGACAUCCAGAUACCAAUAGACUAUGAAACCGAAAAACACAGAGGAUUUGCUUUCAUUGAGUUUGAACUGGGAGAGGAUGCUGCAGCGGCUAUUGAUAACAUGAAUGAGUCUGAGCUUUUUGGACGCACAAUCCGGGUCAACACCGCCAAGCCCAUGAGAAUCAAAGAAGGUUCAUCUCGACCAGUGUGGUCGGACGAUGACUGGCUGAAGAAGUUCUCAGGGAAGACCGCAGAGGAGGCUGAUGGGGAGGCAGCGGCUGGAGAAACGACCAACACUGCAACACAGGAGGCUGAUCCUCCUGCUAAGAAGGGCAGAGUUAAUCCUCAAGUCUACAUGGACAUUAAGAUUGGAAAUAAGCCAGCCGGGAGACUACGGUUCCUCCUUCGAGCUGAUAUCGUUCCCAUGACAGCAGAGAACUUUCGAUGCCUGUGCACGCAUGAGAAGGGAUUUGGCUUCAAGGGAAGCUGCUUUCACCGUAUAAUCCCUCAGUUCAUGUGCCAGGGAGGUGACUUCACCAACCACAACGGCACCGGCGGCAAGUCCAUUUACGGCCGGAAGUUUGAUGACGAGAACUUUGUCCUGAAGCACACGGCGCCAGGACAGCUCUCUAUGGCCAACUCUGGGGCAAACACUAAUGGCUCUCAGUUCUUCAUCACCAAUGACAAAACAGACUGGCUGGAUGGCAAACACGUGGUGUUUGGCGAUCUGGUGGAGGGGAUGGAUGUGCUGCGUGCAAUGGAGGCUGAGGGAAAUAAGGACGGCAAGCCGAAGCAGAAAGUCAUCAUAUCUGACUGUGGAGAACUUGUGUGAAAGAAAACAAAUGUAUUUUUUUUUGUAUGUCUGAGAGCACAAGUGUGUUUGGGAUCUUUUGUACUUUGAGCACACAUCAUCUGCCAUGUAAAUAUUUCAAUAAACUUUGUUUUUUUUAAAUAAAGAAGCUACAGUUUGAUGCCUUUUACUUUGUACAAAUUAAAUGUUACAUUAACUCACUGAUUGCUGGUUUAACCCUUUAUAUACUGAUGAGCAACCUAUUCAAAGCACGUUAUUAUUUUCAAGUGUCACUUAAUUUCUUUUAACAUUGUGAGUCACCUUUGUCAAAGGCUUUUGUAUUUAA